AUGAUGCCUCUCACUGCACUCGCCCAGCACUUCGUCACCCGCGGGGACGGAACUGCGGCGUUGAUGAUUCCAGCAGAUGAGCUCCCUACUCAUCUGUCUAUCCGUGGCGUUCCUCGCACCCUGCAGGCAAGUGACACCCAAGGCAUGAUCAGCUGUGGUGUAGCUCCUCGUCGAGCUGAACCAUGGAUCAUUGAUGGGACCGUAGCUGGACUCCCUUUCGUCAAGACUCCAGAAGACCUUGCUGAGUUGACUGCGACUCUGGGUCGCAUCGUCAACGAUGAGACUGUUUCAGCCGACUUGCGCAAGUCGGUUCAGGAAGUCCUCUACAAGGGUCUUGCUCUGGCUGACCAGGCCCCCGCUCCCACUAACGCCAUGGUCCCACACGUUCUGAUGGCAUCGGCCCCUGCCUUCCUGCCUAAGAAUCGAACAUCGGGUAAAGUCAAUCACCCAAUCAGGAAGAAGGUGUACUGCUCUUACUGGGUACGCCACGGAGAGUGUGACUACUCCCAGCAAGGCUGCUUGUACAAGCAUGAGAUGCCUGAGGACAUGGAGAUCCUCCACCGGAUUGGGCUCCGCACUUACCCAAACUGGUGGCUUGAGCACCUGGGACUGCCCGUCCCGAAGAAUAACCAGCGCGGCCAACAGCGCAUUGCGGCAGCUCCUUAUGCCAUCGGGGCAUCCGCCCAUGACACUGCCACCGUGGCUCAGCCCACCGUCGCCUCGAGCACUGUCGGCUCCCGCGGCCCACGCGGCAACUUGGGUUGGAAGGACCGCACUGCCAAGGAAAAGAACUUGGCUUCCACCGAGAGUGGACCCGUACGCAGCCCGUCGGUGUACGGUCGUCCAACCCAAGAGGGUUUCGCUGGGUCCGCUGCCUUUCCCCAGCGCCAGGCUAUGGGAAGCCCAAUGGCUCCCGCGAUUACCACUACGCAGUCGGUCACACGCACUGCUUCCAACAACAGUGCCGACCUUGUGAACACUGGUAGCUCUGGCGCGUUCACAUCUACAGCUGCUGAUAACCGGGCUAUGGCCAAAGGUCCUUUUGAACACGGAUUUUUCGGUGCAGCCAACACCGUUGACAAGACUCAUCUGAAGUCUAAGUCUCGUCUUGCUCACCAACGCCACAAGGCAAACGACUCCUCCAUCGAUGGUGGAGUUAGACUUCCCACGGACCUGUUCAGCCACUUUGGCACAUACUCUGUUCUUGCCGACAUGGAUGACAAUGAAGACUUCACUGCUGAUACUGAAGCUUCUUCUCAGAGCAACAUCGCAGCUCGCUCAACCUCCAAGUCCCCUUUGAGUGAGAUUCUGUCUGAAAGUGACCCCCUGGAGGGUGAUAACAUCCGCGACGCCUGGGGCCCUGUUGGUACCCCUGUCAGCCCACACGCUGUGCGAGCCACUGAGUCUCAGACUGGCUCUCCUGUUCCUGUCGUUCAGUCCGCCAACCAUCCCGCCCCCGUCCAGGCUGCCACCCCUGAUUCUGACGGCUACCAACACCAGCGAAAUGUCACCGCUAUCCGUGGGUUUCCCACUGUCUUCUCCAACGUCCCACGCCCGAACUAA